UACACGAUAAUAAUUGCAAAAUAUCAAAAUAUUGUCCUAGACGUCUUACAGAGCUCAGGGUUCAAGCAAAGCCGCGUAAUCAGAAGUUGUGACAUCGGCGUACGCGAUGUAGUGGAUAUAAAAUCUCCGUCAAGAGUUAAACGUUUCUUAGUUUAGUGUGAACUCGCGGGCGAUAACGUUGGAAUAACGUGAGCCACACGACGCGACCAUCCUUCUCGACAGUCUGUGCCGUGCGCGUUAUUUUAUUACCAGAAAUCACGAUGCUGUACGCUCUGAAGAUGGAAAGGUGUUGCAGAUUACUUAACAAGCGCAAUAUCGUGACUAGAUACGCGCGCGGAUUGCAAUCGGGCAGCUCUCAGAGGGAGAAACUCGAAGGAUUGCUUCCGCAAAAGGAAGAAUUCCAAGUCAGGCAUAUCGGGCCGAGGGAACACGAACAGAUGAAAAUGCUGCGAACCAUCGGAUAUCAGAGCCUUAAUGAACUGACGGAAGCGGCUGUCCCGGCUAAAAUUCUUCACAAGAAAGACUUGAGCAUCGACGAGCCCCUCACCGAAUACGAGUUGAUGAAGCGAAUCACGAAAAUUUCCGAAGAAAACGACGUGUGGCGCUCUUACAUAGGCAUGGGCUACAACAAUUGCUGCGUGCCGCACACGAUAAUGCGCAAUAUGUUCGAAAAUCCGGGAUGGACGACGCAGUAUACUCCUUAUCAGCCGGAGAUCUCGCAGGGGAGGCUGGAGGGCCUGCUGAACUACCAAACCAUGAUAUGCGACUUGACGGGGAUGGAAGUGGCGAACGCUUCCCUCUUGGACGAAGGAACGGCGGCAGCGGAAGCUUUGACUCUCGCCUGCAGGUACAACAGGCGAAAGAAGUUGUUCGUCUCCGACAAGGCGCAUCCGCAGACCAUCAGCGUGGUCGGGACGCGCGCCGCUUCCUUGGGCCUCACCCUGGAAAUCGGAGAUGUCUUCAGAGUGGACACGAGCGCGAAGGACAUCGCCGGCAUCCUUAUACAAUAUCCCGACACAAACGGCUGCAUACACGAUUUCACGGACAUCGUCCAGAAAGCGCACGCCAAUGGAACGCUCGUGUGCUCCGCCACCGAUUUGCUGGCGAUGGCCGUGCUCCAACCGCCGAGCGAGUUCGGGGUCGACAUAUGCGUGGGCACCAGUCAACGUUUCGGGGUCCCUCUCGGGUACGGCGGUCCCCACGCCGGGUUCUUCGCGUGCCGGCAGAAGCUGGUGCGCUUGAUGCCCGGUAGGAUGAUAGGCGUGACGAGAGACUCCGGCGGGCGAGAGGCUUACCGGCUGGCCCUUCAGACGCGCGAGCAACACAUUAGAAGGGACAAGGCCACCAGUAAUAUCUGCACCGCGCAAGCUCUGUUGGCUAACAUGUCCGCGAUGUACGCGGUGUACCACGGACCUCGGGGUAUACGAGACAUCGCUACCCGAGUUCACAAUUUAACGCUGGUUCUCGUGAACGGCUUGGAAGCAGCGGGCAACACCGUCAAGAACAUAUACUUCUUCGACACCAUCCGAGUGCUGCCGAAGAUGCCCGUGCAGACGGUGAAGGAGAACGCGAGGGAAGCUAAGAUCAACUUAAGGUAUCAUAACGAUGGUACUGUUGGGAUAUCCCUCGACGAGACCACGACGAUAGAGGACGUGAACGAUCUCUUCAGGAUAUUCUCGGCGGACACCACGGUGAACAGCAUCGUCAGGAACGAGAGUUACCUCGCGAGAAGUUUGGAUAAAACGGACGACUUUCACCGUACCAUUCCGUACUUGCAGCACCCCGUCUUCAACAGCUACCAUUCCGAGACGAGGAUAGUCCGAUACAUGAAGUCUUUGGAGAACAAGGAUGUGUCUCUCGUGCACAGCAUGAUCCCAUUGGGUUCUUGCACGAUGAAACUGAACUCGACGACGGAGAUGAUGCCCUGCAGCUUGAAAGGCUUCACCGACAUACAUCCUUUCGCUCCGGUCGAGCAGGCCAAGGGCUACCAGCGACUGUUCGCCGAACUGGAGGAAGAUCUGUGCGCGAUCACCGGCUACGACGCCGUCAGUUUCCAACCGAACAGCGGGGCGCAGGGUGAAUACGCGGGCCUGAGGGCGAUACAGUGUUAUCACGAGUCCAGGGGCGACAAGUGCAGGCAGGUGUGCCUGAUCCCGACGUCGGCCCACGGCACGAAUCCCGCGUCCGCCCAGAUGGCGGGUAUGCAGGUGGAGCCGAUUUUCGUGCGCAAGGACGGUUCCGUCGACAUGGCGCACUUGACGGAGAUGGUCGACAAGUACCGGCAAACGUUGUCGUGCUUGAUGAUAACGUAUCCGUCGACGAACGGCGUGUUCGAGGAGACGAUCGGCGACAUCUGCGACAUGGUGCACAGCGCCGGCGGGCAGGUGUACCUGGACGGCGCUAACAUGAACGCUCAGGUCGGCCUGUGUCGGCCCGGCGAUUACGGCAGCGACGUGUCGCAUCUCAACCUGCACAAAACCUUCUGCAUUCCACACGGAGGCGGUGGGCCCGGUAUGGGCCCUAUCGGGGUAAAGAAACACCUUAUACCUUUCCUGCCGAGUCAUCCGGUGAUCAGUUGUUCGGGCAACGGUAACGGCAACGACAUCAGGAACUUAGGUGCUGUGUCGGCCGCGCCUUUCGGAUCGUCCGCUAUCUUACCGAUCUCGUGGGCCUACAUCAAGAUGAUGGGCCCGAAAGGCUUGCGCAAAGCUACGCAGGUGGCUAUUCUCAAUGCCAAUUACAUGAGCAAGAGACUGGAGGGGCACUACAAAACGCUGUACAAGGGCGAGACCGGACUGGUCGCGCACGAGUUUAUCCUGGACGUGAGAGAUUUGAAGAAGACCGCCAAUAUCGAAGCCGUUGACGUCGCGAAGAGAUUGAUGGACUACGGUUUCCACGCGCCGACCAUGAGCUGGCCCGUGGCUGGGACCUUAAUGGUCGAACCGACUGAAUCCGAGGAUAAGACUGAGCUGGACAGAUUCUGCGAUUCUCUGAUUUCUAUAAGGAAAGAGAUUGCCGACAUCGAAGGGGGGAAGUUAGAUAUCGUGCAGAAUCCCCUGAAAAUGGCACCUCACACGCAGGAACAGGUGAUCACGAGCGAAUGGAAUCGGCUGUAUUCGCGAGAAUUGGCGGCUUUUCCUGCUCCGUUCGUGCGAAGAAACAAGAUCUGGCCGAGCGUCGGACGGAUAGAUGACAUCUACGGCGACAAGAACCUAUUCUGUACGUGCCCGCCUAUCUUGCCGGAGCAAUAG